UCGGCCGGGCGCCGCCAUCUUGGGUCCGUUCUCCACACCACGCAAGUGAAUGGGUAGCUAUGAAAUUACCACAGGGGCGCAGCAAGACAGGGAGGGCCGUUCCGCGCCGCCAGCCGGGCCUGGGGAACGAUAAAGCCGGUUCCUGUCCCCUCCUUCCUUUCUGCUGUCUCGGAAGCCGCCCCGAAGGAAAAAAUCGGCCCGGCCCUUCUUCCUCGACAGCGCCUCAACUUCGUUAUCGGGGGCACAAAGUUGGGUUCAGCCGCCUUGCUGCCUGCCAGGAGCCUGGAGGGUGGGAGCCAGCGGCAGCAGCUUCUUCGCCGCCGGGGAAGGAGAGCUAGAAAGAGGGGGAAGAAGAAGGGCUGCCCGCCUGCCUGCCUGCACUCGCUCGCUCUCCGCGCAAGGCUCGCCCGGAAUACGCUGUGUGGGAGGCACAAGGGGGGGAAAGAGAAAGGCGAGCGAGGAUUGACCAGGCUCCGUGCCCUCGCCCGCCCCACUCUCGUCUGCUCGCUGCGGGUGUGAUUUCCAAGGGGGAGAGGAGGAGGUGAAGGAAGGAGGAGAAGCAGCAGCAGCAAAACAAAAGCCAAGUUGGAUCGUGCGCGAAGGGUCCUGCCUCUACGGCGACGGAGGGGAGGUGGGGGGCACGCGAGUUGGGGGGAAACGAGGAGCCCUUGAAGAGCUGGGAGGAAGGAAGAGACGCGUGCUCGCAUCCACCAAGAUUUGAAGAGACACUACAAGCCAAGGGGGAGGGGGGGAUAAUCCUUACCUACCCACCAGCCUGGCCUCUCAAGAAGACCUAGUUGCCCACCUCUGAUUUACCAGUGGUUGCACAUCGUCGUUUCAUCUUCUUCGACUCCAGUGCUUAAGACCUUACGCACCACCACUUGAAGAUUUCUAGCUUCUUAAGAAGUUUUGUGUGUGGUGGGUUUAAAGAACAGUGAAUAUAUAUAUGUAUAUAUAUAGGGGAGCAGCUGGAUGCAGCAUAACCUUCCAAUUCCUUCCACUGCUUUGUUGUGGUUGAAAUACCAAAUAAGGGUGUCUUAAACUUGAGGGGCCAUAUAGGUUUGGGGGAGUUCUCUGAAGACAAAUUUUCCUUGACUACACAGCAAGUGUUUGGCUCGCGUGUGAUUUCCUCCGUUGAGUGAGCAAAGCCAAAGGAUCGUGGACAAUUGGAAUUGUGCAUCUUUCAUUGACUAGAUAGGGGAGGAACAGAGGUUUACCACCCCUUGCCAGUGCUGUGGAGAUCUGACAAUUUUAUAUCUUGGUCCUUCUCUUCCCUGUGGGUUAUUGUCUACAUUAUUAAUAGGAAACAACAGUGUUUCACGUUCUGCUUGAUUUUUUAAAAAAUUUAUGGAUUAAUUUACUAUUACCCUUUUCAUUGAGGGUGUAGUUGGGUUGACACUUGAAACUGAAAUGGAACUAUUUCUUACCCAAACACUACAUGCUAUAGAAGAUGUCUGAGGAAGAAAGCAUUGUUUACUAAUAUUUGUGCAUCUUGCCUGAUUCCAGCAUCAUGGACUAUACUUUGCAGAUCUCAAAGUGAGGGGUGGGGGAUAGUGCUCUUGAGUCAACUAUUUGCCUGAGACUCAACUCUUUCACUGCUGACCUUUUAAACUGGGUACUUACUGUGUUUUUAUGAAUUGAAUUUUGCCACCAUUUGUAUAGAAGCCAAAUGAUGUGUGUGUUCCCAAAUAUAUACAUCCCUUUUUCAGAGGGGCUAAAGAAAAGCUGGAUAGACUGACAAAAUAGAAAUCCAUUUUUACGCUUAUGGACACAAAUGUUGCUAUAGAUAAUUUUAUUAGAGAGAGUCAAGAAUUUUCAUAUCUGGAAGACCUAGGACCCUGGAUAUAUAGAAUUCCUUUGUAUCGGUUCUGAUUAUUUGGAAAAUGGGAGCUGCUACAAAAUUGGUGUUUGCUGUUUUUCUUAUCUCUUGUUCUUCAGGUGCCAUACUAGGCAGAUCAGAGACGCAGGAGUGCAUUUUCUACAAUGGUAGCUGGGAAAAGGACAAAACAAAUCGUAGUGGCAUUGAACCUUGCUAUGGUGAUAAAGAUAAAAGAAAACACUGCUUUGCAACUUGGAAGAAUAUUUCUGGAUCUAUUGAAAUUGUGAAACAGGGUUGCUGGCUGGACGAUAUUAACUGUUAUGACAGAACUGACUGUAUAGAAAAGAAAGACAGUCCUGAAGUAUUUUUCUGCUGCUGUGAAGGCAACAUGUGCAAUGAACGUUUCUUCUACUUUCCAGAGAUGGAGGUUACACAACCUACCUCCAAUCCUGUCCCACCUAAGCCACCACUGUUCAGUACCUUGCUAUAUUCUCUGGUGCCGAUAAUGGGAAUAGCAGUGAUUGUACUGUUUUCAUUUUGGAUGUAUCGACACCACAAAUUAGCAUACCCUCCAGUUCUUGUACCAACGCAAGACCCUGGUCCACCACCACCAUCGCCAUUGAUUGGCCUGAAGCCACUACAGUUAUUAGAGAUCAAAGCUAGGGGAAGAUUUGGCUGUGUUUGGAAAGCUCAGUUGCUAAACGAACAUGUAGCUGUGAAAAUAUUCCCAAUCCAGGACAAACAGUCAUGGCAAAAUGAAUAUGAAAUCUACAGCUUGCCUGGAAUGAAGCAUGAAAACAUACUGCAAUUUAUCGGUGCUGAGAAGCGAGGCACCAACAUUGAUGUAGAUUUGUGGCUGAUUACAGCAUUUCAUGAAAAGGGUUCGCUUACGGACUUCCUCAAGGCUAAUGUAGUCUCAUGGAAUGAACUAUGUCACAUUGCAGAAACUAUGGCUAGAGGCUUGGCAUACCUUCAUGAAGACAUCCCUGGUCUAAAAGAUGGACAUAAACCAGCAAUAUCACACAGGGAUAUCAAAAGCAAGAAUGUAUUGUUGAAAAAUAAUCUCACAGCUUGCAUUGCUGACUUUGGCCUUGCUUUAAAAUUUGAAGCUGGGAAGUCAGCAGGUGACACACAUGGUCAGGUUGGCACCCGAAGAUAUAUGGCUCCAGAAGUGUUAGAAGGUGCUAUCAACUUCCAACGGGAUGCAUUUUUGAGAAUAGACAUGUAUGCCAUGGGACUAGUACUGUGGGAACUAGCUUCACGGUGUACUGCUUCAGAUGGACCUGUGGAUGAGUAUAUGCUGCCUUUUGAAGAAGAGGUGGGCCAGCAUCCCUCCCUUGAAGAUAUGCAGGAAGUUGUAGUACAUAAAAAGAAGAGGCCUGUUUUGAGAGAGUGUUGGCAGAAACAUGCUGGAAUGGCAAUGCUUUGUGAAACUAUAGAAGAGUGUUGGGAUCAUGAUGCAGAAGCCCGAUUAUCAGCUGGUUGUGUAGAGGAACGGAUUAUUCAGAUGCAAAGACUAACAAACAUUAUAACAACAGAGGACAUUGUGACUGUGGUCACUAUGGUGACAAAUGUGGACUUUCCUCCCAAAGAAUCCAGUCUAUGAUAGUUACAGCGGUCACACAUCAUGACCAACGAGACACUCUGAACUGCUUAUGGAGCUGCUAAGCUAACGGGCCUGUUUCUGGUCAGCAUAAUUUUCUGCGUGAAAUUUGGAAUGGUAAGUCUGCCUUCGAAGUGUUGGUAGGAAGACACUUCCUUGCCCUACUCCAGACAUGGAUCCAGGAGGCUUACUGCAUUCCCUACAUAUGAAGGACACAAGACUGAGAAGUGGCAGAAUGAUGUCAAUGAACAUUCGAAGAACGUGGACCUAUCCUGGCAAGUCAGGCAUUUUAAAAGCUGACAUUGUAUUUCUUUAUAUGUCAGAAAAGACUAAUUCCUUAAAAUGAACUACUGCUAUUUUUUUUUAAAUCAAACAUUUCAUUUCAGAUUUAAGAAAAAGGGUAACUUGUUUUUAUUGCAUUUGCUGUUGUGUUUAUAUAAUGACUAUUGUAAUGCCAAUAUGACACAGCUUGUGAAUGUUUAGUGUGCUGCUGUUCUAUGUAAUCAAAGUGGGAUCUAGUAAAAAGGCUUCCAAGCAUUACUUUAACCUCCCUCAACAAGGUAUACCUCAGUUCCACCUCUGCUAAAUUGUGAAAUUGACAACACUAACAACACUGAAAUAAUAAAUUGAUCCUCAUUUUGUAAAUGAUGUAUUACAGAUUCAUGGUGUUUUAAAAAAUUGGUAAGCUGUGCUUCAUGCCAACAGUCAGUGGCCAUUCCUAAAACAGUGUGUUAGCCUUCCUUGAUCUAGCUUGCGUAUACAAAAGUAUUGUGUUUGAAAUGGCAAACUCCCCAUUUUUAGUUUAAAGCAUUAUUUUACCUCCAGUUUCCAAAAUAUUGUAUAUGUUUAUUUUACUAAAUAUUAUUUAGGUUUGCUGUGUCAAGACGGUUAUUUGAAAUUUUAAGCAUGACUUUUUUUUAAUUUCAUGUGAGCUAUGGCACUGGAAAGCUCUUCUAAUUCUUUUUAAAUAAGCUUUUUCCAAUUUAUGUAUGUAAAUAUUCUGCCUAUUUUCUGUCUCACUAAACAGAAUACAGUAACUACUGUGUCACUGUUUCAGGAUCACCUCAGGAAUCUUCAUUACCCAGAACUCCUCACUCUUUACGUUGCCUUCGCAGCUUCACAACACUUGAUUUUGGUGCCGACUUGUCAGAGUAAUAUUUGAUGUUUGUGAUGCAUAGGUUCAUCCUGUGGUCACAGAGAACAUACCCCACCUUUCUUUUUUAAAAAAAAUGCUUACCAUCAAAUAUGCAAUGACUUCUGUAGAAAUGUUGAUGUAGCACAGUCUAGCAAAAAAGCCCUACAACGUUAAUUCCUAAUUCCUGUGUUUAAGACUUACAGGCAUUUAAGAUGUUGAACCUUACCAUACCAACUGAAGCAAAAUGGGCAGUAAGUGGACAGGUGCCAAAGUACUUUUCAAAGUAAUAAUACACUACAGUUAUUUGAUCAGUUAUGUUUAUACAGGCCAAAGUUAGUUAACUUUCUAAAAUUAUAAAACUUACCAACUGAACGGUAGCCAGUAUUCUGAGAUUCUGGUCAGGUCAUUUUUUAAAAAAACCACGCAUUAGAUUUAUAAGGAAUUUUUUAAAAGUCACAAUCAGGAGCUCACUGUGAAUGUUCUCUUCUAAUCAGUUAUUUAUUAAACCAGUGUUUUUAAAAAAUGUACUGGAUCUCUGGGAUCAAAGAGGAAUUAUUUAUAAACAAGAGUUUGGUCGUUGGUUCUCUACAGCAAGGAGGAGAAGGGGUUAACAGCAGAGUUGUUUAUAGGCAACUGGCACACCAUCCAGAGUUUACUGUUUUUGUCUCAUGGUUUUAUGGUAGUCAUAAGAAACCCGUGCCGUAACUGGGAAACAUACUAUUGAGCAAAACUUGCUCACUUUGUUGACAAUGUGUGCAGGGGACUAUUUCUUAUAUUGUGUUUGAAUUGCAUAUUUACUUGUUUUAAUUUUUGGAUUCAGUAUGUCAACCCCAACUAAAGAUGUCAUGACUGAAAAGAGCUGAACUUUUUAAUGGUUGAUUGUUGAUUUAAUAUAUUUCUCCUUAGAUGGGAGGAUCUGUACUAGGAAAAUACAGGAACAACAUAAUUGGUUAGCCAAAAACAUGUAAAUACAAAAACAGUGUUUUAUUUGAAAAUAUAAAUGCAGUUUUGUGUCUGUUGGAAAUCCAUUCCAAAUUUUCAUAAAGCAACUUUACAGCAAAUAUGAACCCCUGAGCCAAGUGGAAACUGUUACAUAUUUUUGUGAACAUAAUUGUUUGCAGGUGAUAUGGGGGAAAUCAAAACUGACAAUCAAACUGGGUAAUGCAUCUUUUCAUACUUAUCAGAUGCUUCUGAAAGUUCCCAGAUUGGUAUGUUGAACUACCGAGUUCAAAUUUUUAAAGAGAAUACCACCACGUUACUCAGAAAUGGAACAUGGAAAACUUUUUUAUACAGAUUUGGUGAAACUGCUAAAAUUCACUAAACUGUGUUAAUCCAUAUUUAAAACACUGUCUUGCAGGGAAUCCCAACACCUUUUUGAUUCCAACUUUACAGUGCAGUAAAUGUAGAGGUGGCAAAUUUUAUAUGCUUGAGCCAAGACCCAUAAAUAAAAGCCAACAUUUAAUGUCUGAGCUAGGAAAGAUGCUCUGCUUUUUGGCAGAUGUUGUGACCAUUGUUGCUUUUACGUGUUUGAAUCAUACAGCUUGUGUGGAUAUGGCCAGCUCUGGUGGUUUACCUUGUAUUUUUGACUUGUGAUGAAAAGCUAGGCCCCUGGCUCAAGCUUUCAGUUGUCUUUGGCUUGCCUGUGUCUACUUAGUUGGCUGCCAUAUAAUUGCCACAGGAUUUAACAGAUUAGCCAAUUUUUGUGGUCAAUUCAAAGUUUAAACCCUGCAAUACCUUUUCAGUUUGUGUUACAUGCUAAGAAUUUUAUAUCACAUGAUGCAUGACGACUCUUUGUACAGUUGCUACUAAAUAUUAACUUAGCAUUUUGGAACAGAUCGUGCCUCGUAAUUGUUGGCGUUCUUGAGCUAGCGCUCUCAUUCAUGGUGGUAUUCUGAAAAUGAGUCUGGAUUGAAAUACACAACUUUGUACCUUCUUUGAUAGCAAAAUCCAUGUGGAGUAUCUCUUGCAUUACUAAAGUGUAAUCAGAUGUAGUAGUAAUAAAUAUUUGUUCAUACUACAGUUCUACACAGAAUAAAUUGCUGAUUGUAGUUUAACGAAGUGAGGUGACUGGUUGGUUGACCUUUUUUCCAGUUUUCUCUUUUUAACCUUUUUAAUGCAUUUUUAUUAGGAAUAUUUGGUAUACGGUGCAGAAAGCUAUGUAUAGGCUUAUGGGCAAAAUGAUAAAAACAGUAUCCUUGUUGGAACACCAUUUACCUCAAGAUACUCAACCAGCAGUACUACUUUUUUUUUUUAAUGCACACUCAGUCCAUACAAGAUCUGUUACCUCUCAAGAUAUCGGUAAGCAAUUGUUUUAGCUUUACUCUGUACUUGUCAGUGUUCUGGGCACAGGUUGUUGUACUACUGUCAACUUGCACUUGCUGUUUUAGCAAGUAUAUAAAAACAAACACACCCCAUCCUGGAUAAAAGUGAUUGUUAAAUAUUGUAUAAAAUGUAUGCUCUCUCCCUAUUCCCACAGAAAGAUGAAUAAAAAAAAUUAAGUGACUACUA